UUCAAUGGAUGACAUUGUUCCACGGCAGUGAAAUCUGCAUUCAGGCUUCACGAGCGCACUGCAUUCCCAUCGUUUCUUCUUCUUUUCCACCAAGAGAGCCAAAGCCGUGAUGAUACUGACAUUGUGGAGGCACGUUCUGUUUGCGUUUCUCUCCGUGCUUUUUCUCUACAGGCCGCAAUCUCUCUGAUUAGUUCGAUGGCAUUAGCCCCUGUCCGCUCGCAGCGAUAGGACCCGCAGAUUCCGCUGCUCACCUGUAUAUCGCUGCAUUAGGACCAACCUGCAGCAGGUGGGUCUCAGAUAUCCGCCGUCAAACAGUAGAGUGUUUGCCGAGGGCAUUGAUUUGUGCACGGUCAAUUCUGUUCAAUUAUUGUCGCACCGCGGGGCAGAGAAUACAGACACGAAUAGAAACUAAGGUGACAACUUCUCAGUUUUGUGUAAUCAGUGAAACCAAUGGCUUAGGUGCAGCAGGGUCACGUGGUGGCGGUGACACAUCUGCGCAGGGCCUAUAGCGGCGACAGAUGCACGAGCAGCACAGGUAGAGCAGAGCACAAGGUUCCACGCAGCGAAGGCAAUAGGGCGCAUGUACAUGUGUGCACACACACCCGUUGGAUAGCCCUGGCCCUCGGCAGUCAUGAAUCGAGAAGAGCACUACUAUUCCCCCGCGCAGCUGUUCAAAGACCCCUGCCCCUACCAGAGACCCCACAGCGAGGAAUUCAGCCACAGCCCUCCGCCCUGCCUCUACAUGGGCCGGCAGGCUCAGUCCGUCUAUUCCUCGCCUUCCAUGGGAGGGCUAGACCAGGCAAGUCUCCCUGAUAUUGCUCCGUACAGUAUGCCCAUGCGAGAGGACCCAGGUGUGCCGCAGCUCCACCACCCCCAGGCGCCCCAGCAGACUAUCCAACCGGGGGGUUACGGAGACCCGGGGGAGCUGGCUCUGUGUGCGGAUAGGAACAGAUACCACCUGCCUUUCCCCUGGAUGAAAAGCACCAAGUCUCACGUGCAAACCUGGAAGGGACAGUGGGCAGGCCACUACAUGGAGGCAGAGGAGAACAAGCGGACAAGGACUGCCUACACGAGAGCCCAGCUCCUGGAGCUGGAGAAGGAGUUCCUGUUCAACAAGUAUAUCAGCAGGCCGCGGCGUGUCGAGCUGGCCCUCACCCUCAGCCUCACAGAGAGACACAUCAAGAUCUGGUUCCAGAACCGACGGAUGAAGUGGAAGAAAGAGGAGGACAAGAAGAGAGUGAGGGGGGUCGACCCCGAGCAGGACUCGUCCAUUACGUCAGGGGACCUGAAGGAUGAGGCUGGGCUGGGGGUCGGGGGGGCUGGGCUGGGGGUCGGAGGGGCUGGAAUGGGAGUCGGGGGGUCAGGGGUUGGGGUCAGGGUCGCGGUGGCAGGGGCUCCCACACCGGCACCUCUCACCACUACCACCACACCCCCCUCACCCCUACACUCCCACUCCCUGUCAGGUUCUAGAGACUCGGCUUAG